AUGGUAGCUUGGGCAGCUUUAGGCGCAAUGGGAACAAAAGCAUUAGCAUUUGGAGCAAAAGCACUUGGAGCUUAUGACGCAGUAAAUAAAAUGAGUGGAGGAAGGGUUUCAAAGACAUUAGAUGCAAAUAAAGGAAAGAUUGGAGGCUGGGUUGCAAAGAAGUUAAGAUUAAAUAAAAUAGGGCUCAUAAAUAAAGCAUCCAAUUUGGUUGCGACUGAGUCAGAAAAUGCUUUAGGAAAGGACGAUGAGUUUGCAAAACACGCAAAAGACUUUAAUGACCAGAUGAAAGGUGAAACAAUGCAUUUAAAUAGAGUCGAUGGAACUAAAGAAAAUGUUUCUUCUCCACCAGUAGUUCUUCCGUAUG